AUGGUCGUCCCGAAUCAAGCCUAUCUAUUCGCCAUCGACAUCGACGGCCUGUACACCAACAUCAACACCGUCCUUGGCCUGCAGGCAGUGUCCUCCACCUUUACCCAUAACCCGGAUCACCUCAGACCAGACUCCCAUAUCCUCCAAUUACUUUCUAUCUGCCUCAACAAUAAUGAUUUUACCUUUAACAACCAACACUUCCUGCAAAUUCACGGGACGGCCAUGGGCCAACGCUUUGCACCCUCAUAUGCUAACAUCUAUAUGAGCGAGCAGGAGGUGUACAGUUCCUCUGACAGUGAGCAUGAGGAGGAGAAGGAGGACGAAGCAGGAAACGACGACCCAGAAUUCAGUGCAGACAUUACUUCCUCUGAGGAGAAGGACUCGGGUGGCUCAGAUGAAGGUCAGGACUGGGAGCUGAUGAAGCAGGAAGUGGUCAACCAGGUCACGUCUGAGCCCUCUAAACGUCCCCGGAGGCGCUGGUCUCAGCGUAUAUGCGCUCUAGAGCUGAAGGUGAAAUCCAUGCUGGACCUGAGACACCUAGAGAGCUUUUCCCAUAAGAAGAACCCCAACUGCUCACCAGACAGAGAGAGAGGGAACACGUUCAGCCUGCAGGAGCCCAUGCUGCAGUUUGAGGAGAGAGCCAAGAGGCAUCGGCCCUGGCCUCACGCUGCCUGGCUGCCUUCAAAUCCAUCCAAGGGCACCGGGGGGGCUGACGGGGGGGCACCGUACUGUGAGGGGAGCGAGGGUGAUGCUCGUCUGCAGGCCAGUGAUUACACGGUGAAGGAGCAGUGCUGCAGGACGCAAGGACGAGGGGUCCGCAGUGGGAGCAAGGAGAGCCGUAGCCCGGACAGUGCCUGCUCUCUGGGCUACAACAGCAGGGGCUCCAGCCAGAACAGUGUCCUGGACGAUUCUGCAGACUUUGAGUCUCUGAGCCAAGAAAUCUCUGAUGAAGAGAAUGAAGAGAGGGAGGAAGAGGAGCAGAAGGCAGAAGAGACAAGUAUGGAGGAGGCUUUGAGGAAAGUGACCGAGACUUCUGACCACGGCAGAGAAGAUCCCCACAAGCAGAACAUUGGGAUUCUGGAAGAGAGCCACCACUUGAUGGAGCAGAGCAGGGCCCCCCGGCUCAGUAUGUCUUCACGCUUCCUGACCAGAAGACAUAAUAACAGGAGCAUGCCUCUCUUUGCCAAUUUGCACGAUAAGGAACAAUGCAGCCGCUUUGCUAAGCCCCCAGUGUCAAAAGUGCGACCCUUGAUGGAAGAUAGCCGGAGCAGAAACAUGGAAUACAAAACCCCUGGCAGGAUCGAAGGGCAAAAUGAUCUUCCAGCUGCUGUGUUGCCUCUCAGCAAGGCAGAUUCUCCUGUCCUCAGACCCAUGAAGAGGAGAAAGACUUCAUUGUCCAACCUGUGGAGGAUGUCCAACCAACCCUCUAAAGCUCCACUGAUGCCGGACUCAGCCACAUGUUUACAGAAAUCACACUCUGUCCAGGACCUCGCCUCCGACCCUCCUCGCUCCCCUGUGCCCUCUAGUGACCCUAUUGAGUUGCGCAAGAGACUUCAGCAGCUUGUCCUGGAUCAAGACAAUCCCCAGCCUUCCUCCCACCUUUCCUCCCCCUCCUCUGGGUCCCCUCGGUCUCUCGACUCCCCCCUGCCCUGGGAUAGCCCUAAACUCAAGUCCCCAAACUCCUACAUGAAGCCCACCGCCAGCUCCAAGGCCAAAGGUAGCCGCUCCAACUCGCUGGGGGACGUCAGGCAGACGGGCUCUCCACCUUGCUCUCCGUCCCCGCUCGGGGUCAGGAGGUCGCGUGGGGCGAUGGAAACUGGAUCCCCCUUGGCCAUCUCGUCCCCCGUCACCAGUUUCUCCUUUAAUAUCUCAUCAACAUCAUCCCUUGCAGCCUUUCCUCUAUCAAACAGUCCCCCCCCAACUCCCACAGAGGCAGUUUCACCCUCUCCUUUUACUCAGAACUUACCGCCAACACGCAUCCCGCUUCCCAGACAGCCUCUCAGCCCUCGCCGCAGCUUCUGCUUCGAUGGGACUCAAGUGAGGGCUUUUACACCUUCCGUACACCCAGAAGGGGACGUCACACCUACUCCAGGAAACAGAGGACUGGGCAAGAGAUUCUCUAAGUGUCUAAGUUUGGAUCCUUCUUUGCAAAGUUUACUACCAGUGAGGCAGAAGAGAGACUCAGUUUCAGAGAGUGCUAAAGAGCCAUCACAGGUGGCCGUGGCCAGAGAGUGCCCUCUGGUGCCCGAACAGGUCCACACAUCCAUCGCUGAUCCCAAGCCAGAUCACUCCAUCACCUUGGAAACCUGUAGGCAGGCUGUUACAGAGCUCCACAACAGUCUGAGGAAAAUCGCCAUGCUCUACACUACGAUGCUACAAUGCGACCAGCAGCCCGGUGAAGAUCAAACAGAGAUGAGGGGCAUCCUGUCUAAGGCCCUGUUCAAGGUCAAGGCUGAGCUGGACUCUUUAUCUCCCCCCUCCUCUCAGAGUGAAGGGCCCCCUGUGGACCAGGGGGUCAAAGGCGAAGGAGACAGAACCCUGGCCCUGCUGGAGCAGUACGCUGAGCUGCUGCUGAAGUCUGUAGAGAGGAGACUGGACACUAAGACGUGAGGACUGGAGAUGAUGCCAGGUGUAUGUACUGUACGCUCAUAUAGCCCACUGUGAACCGCACACUUGUUUUUUGCACAGAGAUCUUUUUCAAACUUUAUUUAUUGGCUGAAUGCAGAUAGGAUGUGAUUAUAUAUUUGGAGAAACUGAGUUAAUGAAUGCUGAAUGAGUAUUGUACACUGAGUAAUAAAAAGUUGCCUUAUUCAUAUAAA